GAACUCAGCACGCCUGCUGUCACAGCGCCGGCUGUGGAGGUCCAGGCUGGUGCUCCAGCCUGGGGGCCCCAACGAAGGGGCAGCAGGAACGGGCUCCAGCCAGCGUACAACAAAGCAGAGACUUUUCUGGAAAGGUGCGAGGCAGCUCCCAGGUGGAAGGAAGGGAGGAUCCAGUGCACCCCGAAGGCCAGGAACAAGCCGGCAGCCUCUCCUUGAGGCGCCAACUGGCGAGCGUGGGCACCCCUCAGCCUCGCCCCCGCCUGCUUUUCCCAUUCUCCAAAUUCCAAUUCCCAGGAGAGCAGAAUCCGGAGCAGCCACCCAGUGACCACAGGAGGAAGCCAGGUGACACACAUGGGUGACUCCCGGGGCAUUUCCGGGGCCGUGAAGGAAUGCACCGGCGCGCGUCCGUUCAGGCAGGCCGGGACAGGCGUCCACAGAGGCCAGAACCGAGGCUGCCUCUGCCGGGGACUCAGAGGACCGCACUGGAGUGAAGGGGCGCGGGAGCCGUCACACGGCACUUGGCAAGUCCCACCAGACCGCACGUUAUGAAUCUGUGCAUUUUCCUGCAGGUGACAUCCUUACACCAUGAUGAAGCACAAAACGUUUAACAAAAGCUGUCCUUUUGCUGACAACAAAUAAAUCAAUCCAGCAGUCCUUCCUGGGAGAGAGUCAGCCUGGGUAACUCACACAGAGUUACCCAGAGGUAAUUUGGCCAGAGGAUGGGGGCCCUCUGCCAGGCAGUUCCCCCCAGACCUCUUCAAAAAGCGAAGAUUAUCUCCGGAAGGCAUAGGAACGCUGAGAGGGCUGGCGUCAGCCUUGCCUCCGUGACCCUGAUAGAAAGUUCCUGGUCUGUGCAUUUCAGGCUUGAAUCAAUGUAACCAAGCAGAAAGGAACAGUUUCAUUCACUUAGUUACCAAGGAAACCUGUCUGGGUGAGAACAGGUGAGUUAGAUGUGGAUGCAGGCUGGUAAAACGUGAGACUUAUCUACAAGGUCCUUGCGGUGAUUGGUGGUGUGGUUUGGCCACUAAGCUAUGUCCAGCUCUUGCAAUCCCGUGGACUGUAGCCCGCCAGGUUCCUCUAUCCGUGGGAUUUCCCAGGCAGGAGUACUGGAGUCGGCUGCCAUUUCCUUCUCCAGGGGAACCGGCUAACCCUUGGGUUCUCCCACCUCUUGCCCCACCUGUGGACACGUGACUCAAGCAACAGCGUCUGUUUUUUCUCAUUCUGUGCUCCCCAGUGCCCCAGGGAGGGGCCAGGAUGGAAAGUGGCUGGAUGUCGGGGACUGUGUUCACAGGGGACUUUUCUCCAGUGCUGCUGCCUCCGAGAAGUAUGGUCUCCCUGAAUCAACAAGUCUGACCGAUCCCAAAAAAAAAUCAGAGACAAGUGCUGAUCACAUGGUCCGUCAGCUGUUGGACCCUCCCCGUGAGCUUCUCGACAUGUGCGCUCACAUCCCUGCCUCCUUCAGGGCAUUUAAACCGCAGCUGCCACCGGGGGCCCCCACUGGAAGGAGCAGACCCUGUCCCUCUCUUCUCCCUGCCCUGGGGACCCUGGCGGCCUGCACCCCGCCUCUCCUCCCCAGCCCAUGGGGACGCUCAUGGCCAAACUGCUCCUGCCCACAAUCAGCAGCCUGGCCUUCCUCCCCACGGUCAGCAUCGCCGCCAAGAGGCGGUUCCACAUGGAGGCCAUGGUCUACCUCUUCACCACGUUCUUUCUGGUGCUCCACCACGCCUGCACCGGGCCCGGGCUGUCAGUCUUCUGUUUCCUGCGUCACGACGUCCUGGAGUACUUCAGCAUCUACGGGACGGCACUCAGCAUGUGGGUCUCACUGAUGGCGCUGGCCGACUUCGAUGAGCCCAAGCGGUCGACUCUCGUGAUGUUCGGUGUCCUGACCAUCGCCGUGCGGAUCUACCAUGACCGCUGGGGCUACGGCGUCUACUCCGGCCCCAUCGGCUCAGCCAUCCUCAUCAUCGCGGCCAAGUGGCUGCAGCAGAUGAAGGAGACACGGCGCCUGUUUCCUGACAAGAGCGUGUACACCCAGCAGAUCGGCCCCGGCCUCUGCUUCGGGGCCCUGGCUCUCAUGUUGCGCUUCUUCUUCGAGGACUGGGACUACACCUACGUCCACAGCUUCUACCACUGUGCCCUGGCCAUGUCCUUCACCCUGCUGCUGCCCAAGGUCAACAAGAAGGCCGGGAGCGCAGGGCCCCCCGCCAAGCUGGACUGCUCCACCCUCUGCUGUGCCUGCAUCUGAACGCGCAUCCUGGCUCCGAGCCCUGCUCUGCCCUGUCCUGCCUGACCCGCAGCAACAUCCCUCCUCGGAGCCUGAGGCCUCUCCAGGGCUUCGGGAAGCACAGGCCAGGCGCUUCUUGAGAAUCCACUUCUUAGGUUUGUACUGGGUGCUAAGCACCAUGCUGGGAAGAAAAGAACUUUCUCCCUUCUCCUAAGCCAAGGUCCUGGCAGAUGGGAGUGUCUGCAGAGCCCUGGGGCCAGCGUCUGCCCACCCCUGCCCCUUCUCUCUUCACCCAGUCCCAGCCACAAGGGGCCCUGCCCACCGUCCCCGAUCGUGUGCCCCCCACCUCACCCGCCACCUGUUUUCUCUUGGCAACUGGUCUGCCCACUCCUGACCUGUGCCCUCAGGCUCAGCGCACCAGGGCCAGCCAGGCCGCUCUGUCCCUGGCCCAGGCCUGCCUGUCCCUUGCUGCCCUUCCCGCCAGGCCCCUGAAUCAAGCCAUCUGCACGUCCUGUCCACCCUCCUCAUUUCAUCCAGUCCUCGAAGCAAGUCUGAGUAGAUGGCAAGUUCAAGGCCCAGAAGUAUCCUACUUUGAUGGCAAGAGAAGGUUGGAAAGUGAUGUAGGGUUAAGAUUAUAGUACGAAAGUCACUCAGUCAUGUCUGACUCCGCGACCCCAUGG